AAAGGAAUUCACUCUGAGAAACAUUUCAGAUCGCCCAGUAAACUUUGUUCACUGUUCCGACUCACACACACAAUCACAGUCAAAAUGGCGUGCAAAAAGAAAACCAAACUGUGGGAAUCAAUGGCCAAGGAUGAAUUGAAGACCACCACGCAGGCGAUGCUCGAGGAGGGCGCCAAGGGUUUAAGGACUAUUUCCACGCAGCAGAAAAAGCUGGUCAACUUUCAGUCGUUCAAUAUGGAUGACCCCCGUUAUGGAAUAUCAGUAAUCGAGGACAAUAUGGAACCCCCUUUGUUGUCGAGCUACACAAGACAAUACUCCCAGCCGUAUCCAAAUCGCUGUAAGCCCUUUGUUCAAAAAACCGAAACACCAGAUCCCAUAUUCAAUCGUAAGCCGAAAAACGAUUUUGAGUUUACCACAGGUUUGGAUUUUAAGUUUCUUGACGAUCACAUGCACAAUCUUUCCGAAGCGCGCAAGAAAGUAAACUUCUUCAGGCAACUAAGGAACCAAUCUUUUCUUCUGUAUUGACAUGGGUUAUAAAAAAUCCCUAUAUUCGAUCUAAAGGAAAAACGUAAUUUGCUUAAUAAUUUGAGUCCAUCAUCGGCAAAGUCACGCAACGUGGCCACUAUUUUAAGAACUUUCAAUUGUGCCAUGAUUAUAAAUUACCCCUCAUUAUGUUCCGGGAAAAAUGUGUCAAUUGCAUUUUCGAUGGAAAUCAAUUAAUUUUGCAUAAAUAAACUCGAUUGUCAGCGUGGUCUGGGGAGUGCCAUGUGCUUGACUAUUAUUAGGUUAUA